AUGGAUAUUGGUCUGGACCAUUCAGAGGUUGUGAAUCUCGGGGACGGGGCGCAGCUUAUGGGAGAAGAUGAAGGCCUUGUCUCGGACGCUGACUCGGAUGAAAUGGAGCUUCGUGGAGAUAUUGCGAAAUUUGACCAGUCAGUCCGGGAAUUUCUUUCGUCUCAUCAAUCUACAAACGCGGCAGACAACAGCGGCGAGGGCGAGGAGUUUAAUGGAGCACCGCCGAUUACAAAAUCAAAACAGCCACCGCGUGGUGGUAUUCGCGGUCCUCGAAAAGCCGCUGAGCCACGAGGCGAUAUCAAAUUCCGUCUUGCCCGGGUAAAUCAGGCUUUCAUGAGUGGUGAAUACGACCGCGCACGAAAUUUGGUGUUUGAAAUUAUCAGAAUCAACGCAGAAACCCAUCAAGCAUGGACCGUAUUGGCAUCAAUUUUCCGUGAGGAGGGCCUCAAUGACAAGGCAUUGAUGGCCAUGGUCAUUGCUGCCCAUUUGCGACCGAAAGAUGCCCCGGGCUGGAUGAGCUGUGCAUCAUUUGCCAUGAGCCUAGCAGAGGAAGGGCAGGACGGCGCUCUCAAGACCGCACUUAUGUGCUACUCUUCUGCUGUCAAAGCCCAACCUACGAACCUUGAAGCCAGACUAGGUAGAGCUGAGGCAAGUCACCGCCAAGGCUUCUUAUCCCAAGCGAUUAGCGAAUUUGCCUAUGUCCUCGGGCGUCGACCGUUGGACAUAGAUAUUGUGAGAAGACUCGCCGAGGCCUGUGCCGAUUCGGGGGGUGCUGAAGAUGUACAGAAGGCUGUGGAAGCUUACCAGAACUUUUUUGCACAUGCCCGUACGGCAGACCAUGAUGCAGGAAAGGAGCUAUCAUGGCAUGAUGUCAGCAUAUUUGUAGAGCUGUUCGCAUGUGCUGGAGACUACACCAAUGCAAUAUCACAACUCAGAUCGUUGUCUCGAUGGCUACUCGGGCGGCAAGAUGACGAGUUAUGGGAUGUCUGUAAUGAUGACAGGGAAUGGGAUCGUGAUCACUCCCGACGCCUCCAGAUUCCCUCAUUUGAAUCAUCUGUUUACGGAUUGUACACCUAUGGCAUGGGUCUGCCCCUGGAGUUCAGGGCCCGUUUAGCCUUGUAUCGGCUAAAGAUACGAGACAACGAAGAAUCGCAGUCUCACUUGCAAUGGCUGGACCCCACAGAGUCUGCAACAGCCACAGCGGUUGAGGACUUCCCCUAUCUAAUUCGAGAUAUCGCUGAUGAGCUUUUCGAUAUUCAGCGCUUUCCCGAGGCCCUUGACUAUUACGAACUCUUGAGACACUCUAUCUAUGGUCAAGAUGCUACCCUGUUGCUGCACCUCGGCCGCUGCUACCUAGCCAAAUCUGACCUUGCUGCGGCAGAAGAUUGCUUCCUUCUAGCCAUUCAAGUAGAUGAGAGCAACAUUGAUGCACGUAUUGAGCUGGCCAGGAUCUAUGAAAAGGCCAAGGAAGAAGAAGAGGCUCUUAUUCUUGUCACUGAAGUCAUUGCCUUGCAAGGUAUCAAUGAGGAGCGAGAGCAGCCCGGAGACGGCGAUGGAAAUGCUGGGGCCAGUGCAAGUUGGCCACGAACGCGAGGCUCCGUCUUGGUCGAUGGCACAAAGCCCCGACGUAAGCGGGAGCAUAGACGGAGGCCAACUAACAGCAUUGUUCGACCUAGGUACCGGCCGAAAAGGCUGGUCGCUCCAGAUCAACGUCUACAAGAAGAACGCGCCCGGGCUGACGAGCUCACAAGGCGCUACGAAGUUGUGCGCAACUUGAAAAGAGACAUACAGGAAGGUGACCACUCUCUGAUACCGACAUGGAUGGCCGCUGCUGGUGAACUUGUUGGCGAAUUCAGAUCCUUCAGAAAGUUCUAUCCCUGGGACAAGUAUCUCAAAUUUCUCGGCGCUGCCAAUGACGUUGUGUUUAGUGCGUCAUCAAGGACGCAACCAGGGCUCUCGGAGCUGGCCGAGAGACUCUCAAAAAAUGUAGCUCCCUCUCUGUCAGACGAUAAGAGAAUGAGCAUUGCUUACGAAGAUGACGGCUAUCGCGGAAUCCCAUUUGGCGAGUGGCUUGAGCUGUUUCUCGACUAUGCGAUUAGCUUAGCAUUGGCCAACCGCGGAGAGGAGGCAUACCAGGUCUGUGAAGCGGCAAGAGACUCCAUUGUAUUUGUCAAUUCAAAGGAUUACAUGUUUUUGAUUCAUGUGGCAUGGGCUGCAUGCGCUAUUUACCUGGCGGACGAAGAAAUGUGUGUGGCCGUCGCAAGGUUCUUCAUGAAGGUCCGGCAGCUGGACUCAGAUUCAUACCGCAUGUUUGCGGCCUUGUGCAGGCUAUGCCAAUCUCCAGCGUCCUGGUAUAAUUCAGGGCCUGCCCAGAAAUAUAUAUUACGGCAAAUCAAGAUAAUUGACGCCUCGCAUCUGUCGGCAACCCAACUGGAUAGGCAUCACGAUGCCGCAGUUCUUGAGAUGCCAAAUGCUGCCGAGACUAAACAACUUGACAUCUGUCUGCUUAUGCUUUACGGGCAUAUUCUAUUUACGUCCACGAGCUAUACGUUUGCCCUGAACUACUUUCUCCGAGCACGAACGUUGGAUCCGUUAAACCCAAUGAUCAGCCUCAGUGUGGGACUUGGGUACAUCCACCACGCCCUCAAGCGUCAAGCAGACAACCGGCAAUAUCUCAUCAUGCAGGGGUUUGCAUGUGUAUUUGAGUUUUGCCACUCGAAAGUUGCCGGGACACCAGAUGAAAGACGAGAAGCAUUCUUCGGUGUUGCGAGAACAUUUCAUAUGCUUGGGUUGCACCACUUAGCACUUGAGUGGUACCGGAAAGUCCUGGGCUCUGAAGGUGCCCACAUUGAUCUGCAACAGGAAAACUCGGCUGGCCGAGAUGUGAUAUUGAGCGCUGCAUACAAUGAGUAUGCACUGUUCAUUAGUAGUGGAAGCGUUGAAGAGUUGGAAGAGUCGGUACUGCCCCGGCUGGUUCUAUAA